GUCGUAUCUGACAUCAACUUAUCGACGAGCAGAGGAAUAGAGAAAGAAAGAAUAGUUUUAAUAACAAAUCAAAAUAUUGCUUAUAUCUUGCUGUUGUUUAUUGAACCCUCUUAGCCAAUCAUCCAUCCACCAUGAAUACUCCCACAGAAAAUGUACCAGUCUCCCAGGAUAAGACGGCAAAGACAUCGCAACAAAUCGACCAAGAGCCAGUGAAUAAGAUAUUCGACAAACUACGAGCAUACCCGUUUACUUCAGAUGCGGAGUUUGCAAACGGGCUCUCCACUAUACUCGGUCAUCAGGGCACGCCAGCAACCGCGGCCGAGAUCAAUCGAGAUGAUGAUCUAAUUUUACAGGCCAAGUGCUUCUUCUUUGCUCGGAAAGAAAGGCUCUCACAACCAUUAAACUUCGUCGCGUACAAGGAAUGGUUGAAAGAACGGCAAAUGGGUGAAACGCCCGAGAUUCCACCGCUAGGGGAGACAUCUCAAUCUGCUGAAACUGCGGACUCGGAACAACAGCCUGUCUACCCUUCUUCAUUUUCGCACAUUGUCGAUCUCAUCACCUCUGGUCAGCCGAUUCCUGGAAUUCAACAAAUCCCCGACACAGUCCUGACAGGACACACUUCCUCCAGCUCAACGCCUAAAAGAAGAAAGCCAUGGGAGAUGGAGCCUAAUCCGUCAAGCGGAGAGUCGACCGGUUUGUAAAUGUUGCGCUCUCUGAGAAGGAUGUUUGACUUUUCGUACUCCAAUGCUUUCUUUCAAGCUUACAUUGGCUUCGCCAAAUCCGGAGUGCUCGGGGCGGCCUAUAGGGAUAUGGAAGGACUUUGGAGGUCCAUAAUGUCUCGACCCUGCUGCGGCUUAGAGAUAAAUAUCCAGUCUAUCCUCAUACAACAAGAUAUCAGACUAAAUUAGGACCAAAGCCUCUGGCAGA